CGGCGCUUCAGCCUGCGCGAGCUCGCUAGUUCCGUGUUCUCCGCCAGUUUGCCAGGAACACGCAGCGCUGAUUGCUAAAAUUCUGUUACGGCAACGCAUGAUGUGAGUCUGCGGAGUUUAAAGGUCUUUGACUAGCACCUUCAAGGCCACGACGAAGACCGAGGUAACGGAAUUUAUUUCGGGCACUUCAGACUGAGCAGAAGGAUGUGCUUUAAUUGGACAAACAACUGCCUCAAACUGGAGGCAAGAACAGCAUCCCCAUGGCAACCUCUUACUGUGUGGCAGGUGUCUGUGUAGUGUUUGACCCCUGACCCCUGUGACCUUUUAGUGAAGAUGGCAACCCAGAAGAGGUACCUGGUCCGAGACUUCAACCGCUACAUCACGUGCUCUGUGUGCCGUGGCUAUCUGAUCAAACCCACGGCUGUCACCGAAUGCCUGCACACGUUUUGUAAGAGUUGUAUUGUCCAGCACUUUGAGGAGAGCAAUGAGUGUCCAGAAUGUGGCAUUCAAGUCCAUGAAACCAACCCUCUAGAGAUGCUGAGGUUGGAUAAGACAUUGGAAGAGAUCAUUUUUAAACUAGUUCCUGGUCUUCGAGAGAAGGAGGAACAACAGGAAAUAGAUUUCUGGCGGAAGAACAAGUCUAAAGCAAAUGGGGAAGAGGGGCCCAGGCCCAAGAAGACUCGGCUCAGUGAGGAAGAGGAUGAGAAGGAUGAAGACAAGGGUGGCGAUUACCACAGGAGUGACCCACAGAUUGCCAUUUGUCUGGACUGCCUGCGAAAUAACGGCCAAUCAGGGGAAAGCAUAGUAAAGGGUCUGAUGAAGAAGUUUAUCCGUUGCUCGACCCGUGUCACUGUGGGCACCAUUAAGAAAUUUCUCUGUGUGAAACUCAAACUACCAAGCUCUUAUGAGCUGGAUGUUCUGUGUAACGGGGAAAUCAUGGGGAAGGACCACACCCUGGAGUUCAUCUACCGAACACGUUGGAGACUGCAGGGGGACAGCGACCAGGCCACUGGCUUCAGCAGGCACGCCAGCCCCCUGGCUCAGUUGCUGGAUGCUGGAACAGACGGGAGCGUGGUCUGGCUCGGUGACCAGCUGUAGCACCUCUAAUUCUGCAGGAGGAUCUGUGUUGACUCGUUUGAUUGGAUCGAGGCUACCAGCGGCUUUGAGAAAGCAGCUUUUGCGUAGGCCCAGUGGAGUAUAUGUGCAAACGAACUUUAGAAGCGGCCUUGAGCUCAGAGAAAGAAAAAUUAUGUAUUUUUGUAACUCGACAAAGCACUUGUGUACAUUUGAACCUAUUGUCAAAAGAUUUGUGUGUUUCUUUUUCAUAAUCAGAGAUGCUGCUUAGUUAUUUAUUAUUCUAUUUUUAAAUGUAAAUCAGCUUGUCUGAGAUGCAUCCCCCUGUAGACAGUAAAACUGUACAUGAAGAGCAUUCUAAUGCUGUAUGUGACACAAUAUGAUAACUAUUUAAUUAUUAUGAAUAUUAAAAUGUGGAAAAUGUUGCUCUCUUUGCUCUUUGCCUUAUAUGGAAUUAUCAGUUAAGUCUGAGAUUUUCGCCCAGAGGUAUUACAUUGACUGCUUUCCCUGAGGACAGUGAGUUGAGUUAGGUGUACAUUGUUUUUGUUUGUUUGUGUUUUCCUUCUUUGUUUGUUCUUUGGUAAGGCCAAAGGUUUUUGUUCAGUUUAAUUGUACAUUUGAUACAUAGACAGACCUAUUUAGAGCUUAGUGAAACGUUUCCCACAGGAUGAUUAGUAAACAUUCAACAGGUGACAACCACAGUGCUACAUAGGGUAAUAAAACAAAACAAAAGUUAAAAUAUAAAGAAGCCAUUUGUAGGAAAGACUGGACACCAAGGGGCCAUCACUGUACUGGAAGGAAAAUUGCACGACACGUACAUCACUUUCCACCACAAAAGACCCAGAGAAAGGGCAGUUAUGAAGAAGUGCUUGCACUCAUCAGCAAACAGCUGAUGUUUGUUAAAGAACUUUGUGAGUCGGUAGAGCAUAUUUACCCGGAUAUGGUUGGGAGUUUGCUUCAUGGCUGUUUACAACAUGUGUCAUUUGUUUAAUAAAUAGUAAAAUAAAA